CAGUUCUUAUCGAUGUCAGCUAUCUUCAGAAAAACACAUUCACCAAGAAUGGGUAACACAACCAGUGAGCCAGCUCAGGGUCCCAUUUAUUUAAAAUCGCUACAGCCGUCAACUGUUCGUCGGGAAACUACAGACCAUGAUCCUGAUAUUACAUCACGACCCGAAGAUGUGAGUUUGUCGGUUGGCAUGUCACAUGACUUCAAGGUAGCUUAUCAAGCCUUCAAUGGGCCAGUAGAAAUCACGGUUGAGAAGAACAAUGGAACAGAUCUACUUUCUUUUGAAACGAUCAGCCGAUGUGCAGAGAUCAUCCUACAAAUUGACCGUGCACAAAAACAACACGAUGGCACCUACAAAAUCAAAAUCAAGGACGAAUCACGCAGCACAAGAAGGUCGGCCAAUCCAGCACAGGCUUCAUGGAAGGUUAAGGUGAUGUGACUACGCACUUUACAUUUGAGAUCUGAGAGCAAGCACGUCUGCAAAACGGUGCAGCAUAUGACAUACCAAGACUUACAAUGUCCACUUGAACAACAAACUCCAUCUUCAUGGACAAAAAUGCUGUAAUUUACCCAAGUAAAUGUGCAACAGUUGCACCAAAAGAACGCCAUUAUUCCCAACCUCCAUACCUAGUCCCUUCUAUGGUAACGUCCGUCGAAUUAUGAAAAAUACUGUUACGGAAAAUAUUACACCUACUCCAAAUUUCAAAGACGAUCAAGUUGUUAAAAUUAGCGUCACAAUUGAAAAAAAUUACGGAGCUUCAAUAAUGGAAUGUAGAUCACUGCACCUUUGCAAUUUUGGGGCUGUGGUGACAGGAUAGGGAUGAUAUGUACAUGAUAUCUCUCUGAUACCUGAAAUAUAUAUUACUAACUUGAGCUUCCUCUAACAAUCUAAUUUUUUAAAAUUGAAAUAUAUUGGUAGUGCAUAACCAAUUUUUCUUUUUAUUUUGGUUUAAAAUGAUUGACAAAUAUAGGAGCAAAUCAUAAUGAAAAGAAAAAGCUAUUUUGAAAGUUUCGAGUUUUCUUUUCCAGUCUGUAUAAUCUUUCAAGCAAUCUUUGUCCCGCGAUUUUCUUUGUUUAAAGGGCAGGAACCUCAGCAAAACUACAAAGUACGGUAGGGAACUACAGCUUUUCAAAUCAACUUGUUUAUUCCUGACGUAAAUACCCGAACCAUAGGACUGUAACAGCACUACCACACAACAACCGCAUUUGAAAUAAAAUGUUUUUCGUGAUGGGUAAUGGCCAUGAA